UCUUUUUUUUUUUUAAUUGAAAACUGAAAAAGCAUUGAAAAGUUGUUAAACACAAAGAAAUGGCGGCUUACAAUAAUCUUCGUAACGUUUUUUCAUCAAUAAAUUCAACUCAAUUGAAUAAUUUUUCACACAGAAUCAAUGGACAAGUGUGUGGAUAUGCAACUGGUAAAAUCCGAAACAUUGAAAAGAAAUUGGGCAUUCCAUCAAGACCCAAAAGACCAUUGUCUGCAUAUCUUCAAUUUUGCGGUGCUCAAAGAAAAUCAGUUGUUGAACAAUAUCCAGGUUUACCAGCUACUGGUGUUACUAAAAAAUUAGCUGAACUUUGGAAAACUUCAUCACCAGAAACUAAAGAAGAAUACAAGAAAAAAUAUGUAGAAAGUGCACAAGCUUACUCUCAAGAAGUCAUUGAAUACGAAAAAAAAUUAACACCAGAACAAGCUUUGUCAAUUACUGGUGAAAAAGCAAAAAUAAAAAAAACAACUGAAAAUAAAGCUAAAAAAAAUGAAAUGAUUGCACUUGGAAAACCAAAACGUCCACCAACAGCAUUUAUCUUGUACAUGCUUUCAAAAAAAUCAGAACGAGAAAAGAGUGGAACAAAAGUUUCAGACUGGUUGGGAGUUAUUGCUAAAGAAUGGGCAUCAGCACCACCAGAUGUUAAAAUAAAAUUCGAAAAUGAAUCUGCUAAAUUGAUGGAACAAUACAAAACUGAAACAAUUGAAUGGGAAACCAAGAUGAUACAUGAUGGUAACAUAAGCGUUGUCAGAAAACAAUCAUUAAUUAAUAUUCGUGACAAAAAAAAAAGAUCAAAAAAUGAAUCAACAACAGCACAUAGUAGUGGUAUUAGUGUUGGUGAAGCAAUGCUUAUUCUUAAUGCUCAACCAACACCUAUCGUUGAUAAUCCAACACUUAGAGUUGCUGAUAAAACAUCCAGUGUUGAUGAAAAAACAUCUAGUGUUGGUGAAACAACAUCCAGUGUUGAUGAAAAAACAUCUAGUGUUGGUGAAACAACAUCUAGCGUUGGUGAUACAACAUCUAGUUCUGGAAAAGCAUCAUCUUUUUUUGGUGGUGCAUCAUCUAUUUUCGGUGGUUCAUCAUCUAGUUAUGGUGAUUCAUCUAGCUAUGGUGGUUCAUCUAGCUGGGGUGAUUCAUCAUCUGGCUGUGAUGGUUCAUCAGAUUGAUUAUUAUUUUCUUCCUAUUGAUAUCAUAUCUAUAAUAUUUUUCAAUAAAUUUAACCAACAUGUAACUUAAACAAAAAAUUAA